AUGGCCGAACGAGAAAGCGAGUCGGAUUCCUCCCCUGACGCUCCCCCACUGGACGGUAGUGGUAUCCAUGAGCGUGUGAUAGAGCCCACCACGAGUUGCCAUAGCAAUACGAGCAACAAGAAACGGCGCCUAACGGAGCUACACACACAUGUCGAGCAACCUAUGCAAAUUGUUGAGAGUAUUAAAGCCCUUCAGGAACUAUAUCAACAGGGGUGUCUUACUAUGCAAGAGUUCACUCAGGCAAAGCAGAGAAUUCUUGACUUACCCUUUGCCUCGAGACCAUCAUCUAUCGAUGAUAGGGACAAAGGGAUGGGGCGCUCAGAACGGCACCGAGGUAGACGUCACCAUGGAAAGCACGGAGGCGGUGCACGUUCCUCCUCCAGUAGGGACAGCAACCACCGUCGUGGAAAAAGGUCUGGCGGGAGCGGAAGCAAUCUGAAUAGCAGGAGUAGUGACCACGGCUCAUUCCUGGGUGGCAGCAAUACUGCGAGCGAUACCUCGUUUUCUGAGAGCAGCAGUAGCAGUACUAGUAGCAGCAGUAGCAGCAGGAGUCGCUUUAUCGUUCCACGGGCCGACGUCUGGCGCGACUUACAGGUCAACGACCAUGAGCUGAUGGCUUCCGAGACCUUCAGCCCCAGGUACGAUGAUUGCUGCAGUGAAGAAGCACACGUAUGUUUUAACGAGCAUGGACCCGCCUCGCCAUGUGACCGAUUCGACGAAAAAGAUAUGCAGAUGCAUGAGAAGGCUCAAUUGUUGGCGGACGCGGAAAAUGCCAUUAGCUCACCAAAGAGGCCCCGGAACCGGGUAGAUGGGACCUUUGGUAUGCCUGUACCUGGCGAUCUAAAUAAGUACGGAACCUUUAAGAAAUCACUUUGGAGGGGCUACGGUAUGGAUGUCGGUGCGAAAACUGCCACCUUGCGUCACCUGAGGCGAAAACCCCUGUUGUCCAGCGAUGUGGUCCACGUUACAUACUUCAAUAGUCGUGGUGCCUCUGGGGUGAAUUUCAGCGAUGUCGAACUAAAGGAAGAGGAGAUUCGGGACCCGCUUUUUCUCCACAAGGGUGUCUCGACGAUCCAAUCAUCGCAUCAUCACUCAAAUUUAGAAACCCACUCUCAAGCCCUGCUGAGUCGUAGCCGCGCCGGGUCCACGUUAGCGUCUGGGGUGAACACGGAGCUUCCGGUCGAGGCCCCAGCCCUCUCCGAGGGAGGGCAGCCAAGACAGCCCCAGUCACUUAUGGAGUCACGCCUGUGGGAGAACCUUUCCCACAGCAAAAGCUCACAGCGGAAGUCAUCCUACCUCGAGCAGAGUCUCAAUUGGUACUGGGUGGAUGUCACCGGGUGUGAUCCCGGGCGGCGCAACUACCGGAACGUCCUGGGCAACUUAACGAAAAAGUUUAACAUCUGCAAGUCCUUCUUGGAUACCCGGGAACAUAACCUGAUGGUACCGCAGGUGUUGGAGUCCCUGAACUACCCAGGACAGUAUCUGCUUCUACUGCGCGUCGCGACGCAAGAAAUCAGUACCUCCGCCGACUCUAUACUGGAGCUGACGAAUCGCUGGAUUAUCAUUGUGGACCUGCGGCAGCACAUCAUCAUUACCCUACACCGCAUGGAUACCACAAGUAUGGCGGAGUUGCGGCAUCAGUGGCGGAAGGUGAUGGAAUCCAGUGCGGUAUCGUUCCAGGAGUUUCUGCUCAAGAUCAUUGAUGAUGCGAUGCGCACCUACCAGUUUAGCUUGGACGUGCAUGCGGAUCUGCUGGAUAAGUGCGAGAGGAAGCUUUUUGUCUACGAUGCCUCGAACGCAAACAGUACAAAAAAUCUCAGCAAUCGUAAGUCGAUGGAUGAUCUUCGAAUCCUCAACCACUUCACGGACAGCUCACGCUCAUCGUUUCUACGCAAGUUACUCGACACCAAGGGUAACUCUCCCGUUGAUAAAAGUGAAUUGAACAACUUUUUGCACCACUUACACCGCCGUACGAGUGUGCAGCACCGCAUGCUGAAUGUUACUCAGGAAGUAUUGGCGCAGGCCUUCACUAAACUACAGCUCUGCAGUAAGGAGAUGGCGCAGCAGAUGUGUAGUAACUGUAUAGAGCUCAGGGGUCGCGCUCUGGAAGUUCGUGAAGAUGCUAAGACGCUUCUGAACUUACAUAUCUCUCUUCAAUCCUUCCGCUCCAACGAGCUUAUGAUGGUAUUAACUCGGGUUGCGCUUCUCUUUACACCGUGUACCUUCUUGUCAGGUGUCUAUGGCAUGAACUUUCAGUACAUGCCAGAGUUAGGCUGGCGGUAUGGAUACCUCUUCUUUUGGUGUGUGUCUGCACUGCUGGUAAUUAUGAUGCAGUGGCUAUUUCAUCGACGCGAUGCGAUGGCGUAA